AUGGGUUCAGCUUAUUCAAAACAAGGUUCACAAAAUUUCUACCCUAGCCCAUCAUCACUAUUAGCAGAAGAUUGGACUGCACAUUUUAAUUUGCCUGCAAAACGUAUCACCCGUUGUCCAUUGUGUUUCCAUCAACGCACUUGCAAAGGUUACUGGUGUCAGAAUUGUGAAUCACGAAGAUUUAGAGAAUUGUUUUCCAGCUGGGGAUUAUUUGGGAGUAUGUGGAAGAGGAAGGGUUCAUGUAAGGUGGCGUUGAAGAUGUUGGAUGGCUUUAAAGAAUCAAGCGUAGAAUAUCUGAACGAGUUAAGAGCGCAUUAUAAAUGCAUUUCAUCCGGUUCAGUGCUUACCUGCUAUGGAAUCACCCAAGAUGAAACCACCAAUAAUUACAUGUUGGUCAUGGAUUAUGCUAAACAAGGAGACCUUACACACUUCCUGCGACAUAACAUGGUAAAUUACGACUGGUAUAGAAGAGUCCGUGAGCUAUGGUACAUUGCUAGAGGUCUCAAGGCAAUUCAUGAUGCGGAUUUGGUGCACAAAGAUCUGCAUAGCGGAAAUAUCUUAUUCAACACUUUCACGAGACGACCGGCCAUCGGAGACCUUGGACUGUGCCGCCCAGUAAAAGAGUCCUCAAGUGGAAAUGUGGUGCUGGGCGUAUUGCCAUAUGUCGCUCCAGAAAUUCUCCGCGGAAAUGCUUACACAAAAGCGUCGGACAUAUAUAGCUUCUCAAUGAUAAUGUGGGAAGUAUCGACGUUGAAAAAACCAUUUUCAAAUGUUGCUCAUGAUGCAUCAUUAGCAUUAGAAGUCACUCUCGGCAUGAGGCCGGCAAUAGCUCCAGGAACUCCCAAAAAAUAUGCUGAGUUGAUGAAACUCUGCUGGGAUGUUGAUCCGGUGAAACGUCCCAGUGCCGAGGAACUGGUGAAAAAACUCGAAGAGCUAAUGAAUGACCGAAACAUCAAUAGUUCGACACCAAAAAUUGAUAUUGAAGAGAUGCCUACUCAUCCCGAAGCUUGUUUUACUAGCAGGAUUUUGGAAUUUCCACAUCUAGAAGACACAAAAUAUGAGUUCAAAGAGGUGGAUCUGCAAUCUCAGGAGCGAUUGCACAUCG